GCAAAUAAAAGAAACUCAGAGAAGUUGCCAGCAGAAAGUGAAACCAAAAGGAAAAACAACGCAACCUUCUCUUAAAGCACAAGUUGUACUCUUUCCAUAUAUCUAUUUGAUCACCCAAUUAACAAGCUGCUUUAUCAUCAGAUCAUCACAAUAUAUCUUUUUCCGUGGCAUCGAUUCUUCGAGCUUCGCUCUCCAGUUUCAUCUGAUUUGCUUUUGGAGAGAGAGAAGAAGAAGAAGAAGAGAAAGGCGAGGCGAAAUGGGACAAGCCUUUCGCAAGCUCUUCGAUACCUUCUUCGGAAAUUCUGAAAUGAGGGUUGUAAUGCUUGGGCUAGAUGCGGCUGGCAAAACAACUAUAUUAUACAAACUGCACAUAGGAGAAGUUCUAUCAACAGUUCCUACCAUUGGAUUCAAUGUGGAAAAAGUACAGUACAAAAAUGUUAUUUUUACCGUGUGGGAUGUUGGUGGACAAGAGAAAUUAAGGCCACUCUGGAGGCACUACUUCAAUAACACAGAUGGCCUGAUUUAUGUCGUUGACUCUUUGGAUCGAGAGAGGAUUGGAAAGGCGAAACAAGAAUUUCAGGCCAUCAUCAGAGAUCCAUUCAUGCUUAAUGCAAUCAUCUUGAUUUUUGCUAACAAACAGGACAUGAAAGGAGCAAUGACACCAAUGGAAGUGUGUGAAGGCCUUGGUCUCUAUGAGCUUAAAAACCGAAAAUGGCAUAUACAAGGUACAUGUGCUCUUAGAGGGGAUGGCCUAUACGAGGGACUGGACUGGUUAGCCAGCACUUUGAAAGAACACAAGGCUGUUGGAUACUCUUCGAUAGGCCCUUCAUCCUUCUGAAUAAUCAGGCUCACUAAAGAACUUGAACCUCUUUUGAGGAGCAACACUCAAUACCCAGCUGUUUAUAAAUUCGAAGAUUAUGAACUCACGAUGAUAGUUCUUUCCCUUCACUUCUUGGUGCUGUGCUUUUGGUGCUAGUGAAGUAGAUAAGGCACUUGAUUUCGGGCCUAGUGUGAAACUUGAUCUUUGAUUCUGUUGUAUACUGAAAUCUGGGCCUUACAGUUAAUGUUACCUAGACGCUAAGAAUGCUUCUGUCGAUACCUACUGCAGUACUCUCAGUAUGAAUGCUUUCAUGUGAAUAUGGUAACUAAUCAUCUAGUUUCCAGAUGUCCAAGUACAAAAUAUGCCGGUCAAAUUUUUCAGAAAA